AUGGUCGCUUUUGCUCGCGCUGUGCUUCCCUCGCGGCUAUCCGCCGUUGCCCGUCACCCCGUCUCGUUAUGCCGGCGCAUCCACUCGUCUCCCUUCAGAUCAGCUGUGGCACACCCAGUCACUGCACACGGCCCUCCUCCUAAAGCCCCGGCUACCCCGUCAUCAGAGUUCAAGGACAUUUCACAAUCGAGCGAUGCAGAGCUCCCAGCCUCCGAGGGUGAAACAUCCCGAUACAACCUCACUGCGGCGCUGAAGAAGCGGUUUUGGAAGGAUGUCCAUGUGCAUGGAAAGUCAGACGAAUAUCAAGUCCUGCUUGAUAAGCGACCCGUCAGAACCCCGGCGAAAGAAGUCCUAUCUAUUCCUUCCACAAAACCUCACCUCGCCCACGCUAUUGCACUGGAGUGGGAUGUGAUGACUUCCGCCCAGCAGGCCCUCAAAAGCCACCUUAUCCCCAUGACCUCCCUCGCAGCCCGCGCCACCGAUAUCGCCCGCGAAGAUGCCGAGGGCAACAGCAUCACCAGAAAACAGAUUAUCACAACUGCCAUGCGUUACCUAGAUACCGAUACUCUACUCUGCUGGGAGCCCGAGCGACAAAGGCACGUGUUGGAACGGACAACGGACGACGGAAAGCCCAUCGAGUCUCUUCGCCAGAUUCAAACGAGAAUCGCAGGGAACGUCAUGAGCUUUUUAUCCACCAAGGUCUGGCCUGGCCUUGAAAUCAUCCCUAUCCUCGACGCCAACAGCAUCAUCCCUCUCUCCCAGCCGAAGGGUACGAAAGACAGUAUCUGUACCUGGGUUUCGGAACUGUCUGCAUAUGACCUGGCUGGUCUUGAGCGAGCAAUCCUUGCUUCCAAGAGUCUUCUCAUCGCGGUCCGCCUAGUGGUGGAAUGGAGUGAGAACUUCCGCCACGUUCAGCGACCCGAGACGAGGAAGUUCGGUAUUGAGGAGGCGGCUGAGGCGUCGAGUCUGGAGGUGACCUGGCAGACUGAUAUGUGGGGCGAGGUAGAGGAUACUCAUGAUGUUGGCAAGGAAGACUUGAAGCGACAAUUGGGUAGUGUUGUGAUCUUGGUUAGCGGGGAGACUCGAUAA